CUCUCUCCUCUCUCUUGCAGUUUGUGCUGAAGCACAAAGAGUUCGCUCAUCUCCGGGAGGUGAAGGUGUUUCCCAACGCCCUGAACCCGCACAAGGAGGAGUCCCGGGCACUGGUGAAAGCCAUGAUUGACCAGGUCAUGGCACUGCACGAAGAUGUGAAAUGGUUUCACAUCGGGUGUGAUGAGGUCUACUACCUUGGCGAAGGAGAGGAGUCAAAACAGUGGCUGCAGCAACAAGAUAACACCCUAGAGAAGCUGUGCUUAUCCCACAUAAGAGCAGUGGCCAGCUGUGUGGCCUCAUCGUACCCUGCCGUGACGCCCAUCGUGUGGGACGACAUGCUCAGAGGGAUGAGUGAGGAAGCCUUGGCAGAGUCUGGGGUCCCACAACUUGUGCAGCCAAUGAUCUGGGAUUACGCAGCAGACCUCGAUGUGGAGGGCAAAGUGCAGCUCAUAGAGAAGUAUCGUAGAUGUGGUUUCUCCAAGGUGUGGUUUGCCAGUGCUUUUAAAGGAGCUACAGGAGUGAAUCAGUCUCUAACGCUUAUUGGACACCACUUAAAAAACCACCUUCAGUGGCUCCAAGUGGCCAGCAGUAGCCCUGGUGAUGUCCUUGAAGGUAUCGCACUGACAGGCUGGCAAAGGUAUGAUCACUUCUCUGUUUUGUGUGAGCUUCUCCCUGUGGCAAUUCCGUCGCUGGCUGUGUGUCUGCAGGCACUAGAGAACGGUGGCUAUUCUGAAAAGAUUAAGGAAAAUGUGGAAAAGCUCCUGGGAAUGUCCAACCUGGAAACUGAUACUUUCAUGAGCACAAAUCUGGGGACCUUUCCUGGGAGCAAUAUCCUUCCCCUUGUGACGCAAGUUAGUUUCUACCUCAAGUCAUCAGUGGAUGAACUUCUUGACAGGAACAGAUACGUCACAGGCUGGUUCAGCCCCUACCACAGAAAAAGGAAGAUUAUUCAUCCUAUAAUAAUACAUCACUUUCAGCCAGACGCAGUAAGUCUUCUCUCCAAGUGGAACGCUGUGGUGCAAGACCUGCAAGCGGCCAUGGAGCAAGUUUUCCAUAAGUGUACUGUGGAGGAGUGGAUGGAGGAGAAUGUCCACCCCAGCCUACAGAAGCUGCAGCAAGUGGUAGAUGAUUUAGAUGAAGCAAUAAAAGCACAAAAUCAGGGGCAUUUCAAUUAGUCUUAUUCUAUGGG